AACAUAUCCAACAUGGCGGAGUAUUUACACAUUCAGUGCAAAAAUUAUGAUGGAUUUUGCAUUUUUCCGGGCAGUUAAUUUUUUUCUUGGAUAUAUUACAGUUUAGAAGAACAUAUGAAGAGUGCUAUUUCCUAGGCAUAGAAGUAUAGUUAUUUUAAUCAUUUUAUUGAGGAAAUUAACCAGACUGAAAUAUGGCAACGGAAACUCAAUUCGCUCCUCGGGUUUCUAGUCAGAAUCCAACUCAGACUUUAACCACCAGCAAACCAAGGAUUCCGAUUGUAUCUCACACUAUUACGGACGAUGACCUGGGUAUUUUGCAGGGGGCCAAACUUCAGCCCAUGAACCUAACUAGAGUGGCAAAACUCAUGACAGACCCGCACUCGUCCAUGUUAUAUGACAGACACAUUCAUGCUUUAAGAAAGUUGCCCAAGCAUUACAAGCAGGGAUUUUUAAUGAAGGACCUGGUCCUGGUGGUGAAGAUCCUCAAUGUGUGUGCUGACAGACUGGAGGAGCAGCCCAUGUACACUGAACCCAUGUGCAGUAUACUGGAUAUAUGCAGGCUGCCCUUCCUGAAGGAGAAAACCUCAGAUGAAACCUCAUAUGAACGGAUUGCUAUUGAGUCUGUCUCUCAGUUAGGUUAUCUAAUGAGGGUGCCAUCCAAUGACAUAAGAAAAAAGAUCUGUGCAGCAUUGAUCAGUUUUUACUGUGAGACGCCACCACCACAAGUUGUACAAAAGCACAAGGCCAACUCCUUGUCAUAUAACCAGAGAAUUGUAGAAAGUAGUGAUCUAUCUGAAACCUUGGUCAAGUCUCUUGCCCUCCUGGAAAAUGACCUAGAUGUGAGGUUGGAGGUCCUGAAGGUCUUACAGCAGUUUUCAAAGAGAUCAGCUAAGAACUGUGACCAGAUGUUGUGUGCAGAUGCGGCCAGCAGGCUCUGCUGUCGUCUCAUGGACCCUGACCCCAGUGGGGAGCUACUGUUCCGCUCAGUGGAUGUGCUCUGGAACUUACUAGAGUAUGGACAGAAGGAGAAUGCUAUAGAGCAGAUAAAUGAUAUGACAUGCAUAAGUCAACUGCGAGAUGCAUUUAUUCAGCAGUUAACCCAGGGUUAUAGUCAUUAUGACAGGCAGCUACGGAAUGACCUUCUCAUCAUCGCCAGUCUCAUAGCGCAGGUGUGCCCACAGGCGCCAUUUGUAGAGACUGGAUUCGUCAGACAGCUCACACUGUUUGCAACUUUUCAAGAAGUAAAGAGUCACAGUGCUUUGGUCAGACACCUGAAGCUGAUGACGAGUCACGAGGACUUUGAGUUGAAGAAAUUACUUAUCAAUAUCCUAACUGUGCUCAGUAAAGACCCAUGUGUUGUACCUCUCCUAUCAGAAGGUCGUCUGUUGUUGGCCCUUUUCUCGUACGUCCGUCCCAAUGAGAACACAUCCCUGCCACGUGACUGGACCCCAGCACAGUUUGAGGAGUUACAGCUGUGUGCCAUGGCGUCUCUGGCCACGCUGGUGCCAUUCAUGGUGGAGGACUACAUGAUGUGUCAGGGCAGCACGCGACUGCUGCUCCUCAUGGAGUGGUGCACAGGAGAAAAAGGUAAAUUCAAUGGCUAUGGGAAUGCAUUCCAUGGCGCCGGUGGGCGUGGCAACAAGCGUGCUCAGAUGCGGCACUGUUUACGUCUCAUGCGAAGUGCUGUGUCGACAGGCAGGGAGGUGGUGUUACAGGAUCUGGUGGACCAAGGAGCCAUCAGUGAAAUAAACACUAUAUUGCGAGGUUACACAGAGAAUGAUAGCAGCACAGAGGAUGCCAUAGAUGUAGAAAUGCAGUGUGACAUGCUGUAUAUAUUGUCAACACUGUGUGAUGGUGACAUGCAUAGAAAGGAAUUGUUCAGCCAUGAAGGAGUGGACAUAGUGUGUAAAUACCUGAAGACCAAUCCAGUCAAGCUGUCCAGUGGUCUGGGUCAUCACAAGCUAGUGCUGGCCACAGUGGACUGUAUAUGGUGUGCCAUUGUGGGCUGUUACGUGACAGAGGACUACUUCCUGGAGAAAGAGGGCGUGUUCCUGCUCAUUGACCUUCUGGAGGUGUGUCCCACCAACAUGCACAACCUCAUCCUGGGCUGCCUGCUGGACCUGACAGAGAACCCCAAGGCCAUCCCCCACAUCAACGCCUGGAGAGGCAAAGAUGACAUGUCCGCGGCACACCUGUUCUGUGACAUUUGGAGGAGUGAGGAGAGAGAGAUGGGUGUGCAGAGGGACCAACAGGGAGCCAUUGCAGACACCAGUCUGCCCCUCACUGGUCAGCUUCAGGCCAACCAAGGGGUCAUUCCCCUCCCAGCCAGCUGUCCAAGCCAGGCCAUUGUGGACGUGUCAGAGAACAUGCGUGCCAAACUGUAUGCGUUGUUCUGUAAGAUUGGCUUCAUGCACCUGCCUGGGCUGACAGUAGAAGACUAUGUCACCUUGGCUAUCAUUGAGAAGUACAUGGACUUCAAGCUUGGUGAGGUAUGGUCAGAGGUAAUCACAGAGCUAGACGCAGAGGGCAUUCGUCCAGUGACCCCUGACCAGGAGGCCAUUGAGACCAUCUCUCGGGCCAUAGUGGAUCGUGCGGACAGUGUGGUUGGCACUCAGAAGGACAUGCUGCUGUCACAGCAACAUCAGAGUCUUAUGGAGGAACAGGAGCAUUAUGCUGAGAUUCGUGAAAAUCACAGACAGAAGGAGAAGGCUAUUAAUGACUUUGCUGACUUUGUGGCAAGGACUUCCAAUUAUUCUCUGCUAAAGGCGGCCAGGGAGAGACAAGAGCUGUCAGUGGAUGCCUCACGUGUGCAGAACAGAUACCAGGAUGCUGAGACAUUCCACGAGCUGGACCUGGCUAACUUGAAUACUACAGCCUUCAGUGGACGUCAGAUCAUGAUUGACAGCACCCCUGUGGAACUGACUGGCGGUCCUCUGGCCAAGUAUGACUCCAAGAAGGGGACACUUAAGAGCAGGACAUUCCAAAUGGCAUGACACAUGGCAUCAGUAUGAUGACAAACUUUUAAGUGACCAAUAAAGAGAACAAAUUUAAUGCAUGUUUUUUUUUAAAUUAUCAGCCUGGAGAGUUUGUCUAGUUACAAAGUGAACAUUCACUGAAGCCAGAGACAUUAUAAUUUGAAAAGAGAGAAAUGGCAACAGCACAGGUAUUUGUUCCUUGAUAGGUUAUUUUUGAAAAGAAUAAGGCACUAUUCAUGUCAACUAGUGUCC